AUGAGUUACAGCCAUCCUCUUCCUAAUGUGGACAACUUCACAAACAGCACUUCAACCAGCACCCUGAGGCAUGUAUUUCAGGAAUUUGGGCCUGUUAGUGAUGUAUAUAUGCCCACAAACCACUUAAUCAAAGAAGCUGAUGGCUUUGCCAUCAUCCAUUUCUACAACAAACAUGAUGCUAAGGAAGCUAUGGAUGCCUUAAAUGGGAUUUUACUGUAUGGUUGUAAACUUCGAGUACAGAUGGUACACAACGAUGAUCUACUGUAUGUUCAACCUGGCUGUGGCCAGGGAGGGCUUCUUGGAGAAGAAAAUAUUGAAAAUGACCAGAACCAAGUGGAAAAUGCAUGAUCCAAGUCUAUGUUCAAAAGGCCACAUAUAUCAGAAGGAAAUUCAAAAUCAAUAUUUAAAACACUAUGUGUUUCAAAGGAAGAUGAACCUGAAAUAUUUAUGGUAUAUGAUAGACCUCAGAAAUGAACAAGGAGUAUCCCAGGACUUCCGAAGACCAACGAUUGGAUUAAAGAUGGAGUAAAGACUUUAGACAUUGUGCCUAGUGGUGAUUGUGUGAGAGACCAACUUACCUCACUUCAGUAUUCUGAAAAUAGGACAAAAAUGGGGAUAGUGGAGUGCACGUUUUGGACAACAAAAUGUCAGAGGAACACAAACAAUAGUGAUACCAGUGGAGGGAUGAGAUCUACCUUUAAUAAUGAGAACUACAGUCCACAAAAUGGCCAUGUAUUACUUUCAGGACUCAGCUAUCAUGACAAUAAUAGAAACAGCCAGAAGCAAGUACACCAUCAACAACCCGAGGCAACAUGUGUAAUUACCUUUCUACCAGAAGAAGAUACAACUGAAAUUUCAAAAAAAGACCCAUUUAGUAGAGAUAAAAGAAAUGUCCAAAGUAAGAGUCCAGAAGUUCUGAUAGUUGGAGAAAUGACAGAAAGUAGGUUACCUCAACCUAUUCUGCAUUCUACUUUAAAGAAAGAUCAUUGUGUAACACCUGAUCUUUCUCAUUUUAACAUGCAUGAGCCUUUCCCUAGUUUUCUACCAGUUUUUCCAUUGAUAGAAAAUUUGGCCAUAUCUGAGUUGCAAAGAAAUUAUUCUUUCACAUCUUCUCCAAUAAGAGAGCACACAUACAGUACCGCUCAUAGAAAUCAGGCUACAUCUGUUUCACCAAAUAAUUUUAUCACGGAAAUUAAUAAAGAAGAACAUGCAAACAUCUCUUUAUUUUCUAAUCAAACAAGUAUGCAGAAUUUUGAAAUAAUUGGUGGCUCAACUUCAAAUACUAGUUUAGAUUUUGCAAUAGCUAUAGCAUCUUAUGAAACAUCAGGACAAAUCCUUCCAGAAAAUUAUGAAGUUGAACAUAAUUGCAUUGAGAUUGAUUUAGAACCUUGUGACUCAUCUUCAAGUCAAAAUAGUAAAAGAGAUCAUUCUAGUAAUAGUACUAUUUCUAGUUUUGUUUGUAGUUUUAUUUCACAUCCUACCAGUAAUUCUAGUCCAACUUACUCAUUCAUUUCUUUGUCAAGGCCCAAUCAACAGUUUUUGCCUGUUCCCAAGAUUACAGACAGUGCUAUUGUCAGCAAUAUAAAUUUAUCAGCUGAGCCGGCUGUAAUCCAAAUUAAUGAAAGCAGAAAUGAACCAAUUUUACUUCCUGAUACACCUUCUGAGGCGAGGCAGGUAAUGCAAGUUACAAACCCAGAAGAAUAUGAUGAUAAUGAUUCCUGGCCACCUUUGCCUGAUUUUACCAACUUCAAUGAUAUUUAUAAUAACCAUUCUAAAGGACUUACCAAAGAACAGAUUAAAACUUUACCAAGAAGACCUUUUGGUGAAAAUGAUAAAUUAAAUAUCUGUAGUAUUUGUAUUACAGAAUAUGUAGAAAGCAGUAAGAUUCGCAUACUACCUUGCUUUCAUGAAUUUCAUGAUGAAUGCAUUGAUUACUGGCUAUCUGAAAGCUCUACCUGUUCUAUUUUUCACAAACAAAUAAUAAAUCCUGAAGAUACAGAAAUUCUAUUGUGA